AUGGACUACUACUACUACUACUACUACUACUACUACUACUACUACUACUACUACUACUACUACUACUACUACUACUACUACUACUACUACUACUACUACUACUACUACUACUACUACUACUACUUAUUACUACUACUACUACUACUACUACUACUUCUACUACUACUAAGAACAACGACAACAAUAAAAACGAAAGAAACGAAACAAAAAACAAAGUGA